AGCAACGCGGAGCUAACGGGGCUGAUUUGAGGACCGUAGCGGCGCCACCAUGAGCCUCCUCAACAAGCCCAAGAGCGAGAUGACCCCCGAGGAGUUGCAGAAGCGGGAGGAGGAGGAGUUCAACACGGGCCCGCUCUCCGUGCUCACGCAGUCGGUCAAGAACAACACACAGGUGCUCAUCAACUGCCGCAACAACAAGAAGCUCCUGGGCCGCGUGAAGGCCUUCGACCGACACUGCAACAUGGUGCUGGAGAACAUGAAGGAGAUGUGGACCGAGGUCCCCAAGAGCGGCAAGGGGAAGAAGAAGUCCAAGCCCGUCAACAAGGACCGCUACAUCUCCAAGAUGUUCCUGCGUGGCGACUCGGUCAUUGUGGUCCUGCGGAACCCCCUCAUCGCCGGCAAGUAGACGGCACCUCCCCAUCCCUGAAGACCUGCCCUUGUGGAUGGAGUAGUAAAGUCCUUUUUAUAAAAAACAAAACAAAACAAAA